UACGCAACCACCAAACGCCAUGACCCACUCUUUCAGGGAAUCAGGAGAGCAUAGCAAAGCAUGAAAGAGGGAGACUGCAGAAGAAGAAGAGGAGAGCUCAGCCACGCAUGCAUAACUAUAAAGCACUUCCUCAGCUCCUUCCCUGCUCCUGACCCUUGUUGCUCUUUGCUCUCUUGAAGUGGGAAGUCCUUCUCUUCUUCUCUCAGCCCUCAUCGUCAAUGGAGAGCCCAGAAGAAGAAGCAAAACAACAACUUCCGGUGGUUUUACAACUCAUGCCUGUCCCUGCAAUAGCGACUGCGGAAGAUCGAUUCUCGAAGAAGUUCAAAUUUCUCAAGGCCUGGGAGUCGUCGUUGCCCAAGGAUCUCUUCUUGACCACACAUGCGCAGUCGGUGAGAGCCCUUCUCUGUUCUGGCAGAACCCCUGUCACUGUCGACGUCCUUCGAUGUCUUCCCUCUCUCCAAUGUAUAGUCACUACCAGCGCUGGUCUCAACCACAUCGAUUUAGAUGAGUGCCGGAGGAGGGGAAUUGCUAUAACAAAUGCUGGAGACUGUUUCUCCGUAGACGGUGCUGAUUACGCCAUUGGACUAUUGCUCGAUGUCCUAAGACGGAUCUCUGCUGCCGACCGCUAUGUACGCCAGGGGUUUUGGCCCAUCAAGGGGGACUAUCCUCUUGGCUCCAGGUUGGGAGGAAAGCGAGUGGGGAUUGUUGGUCUGGGAAAUAUAGGCGUUGAAGUUGCAAAAAGGCUUGUGGCCUUUGGCUGCAGUAUCUCUUACAACUCAAGGAAGAAGAAGCCAUCUGUUGCAUUUCCAUACUAUUCUGGUGUCCUUGAUCUUGCAGCUAAUAGUGAUGUUCUCAUUAUUUGUUGUGCAUUGACCAAGGAAACACACCAUAUCAUUAACAGGGAUGUACUGUUGGCAUUGGGAGAGAAAGGAGUCAUUGUUAAUGUGGGUCGUGGAGCUCACAUUGAUGAGAAGGAAUUGAUUCAUUGUUUGGUCCAAGGUGAAAUUGGAGGUGCUGGUCUGGAUGUGUAUGAGAAUGAGCCACAUGUGCCCAAAGAGCUUCUUGACUUGGAUAAUGUUGUAUUAUCUCCACAUAGAGCUGUCCUUACGCAUGAAUCUGAUUCGUCGAGGCAUGAUUUGCUGAUGGCCAAUUUGGAGGCGUUCUUCUCAAAUAAACCAUUGCUUUCUGAGGUGAAGGAUGAAUGAGAAGAUCAUCUAUUCUAUCACAGACAACACCACCAUAUUUGAUUCAUUCGGCGGAUAUGGAUGACACCCUUUUUGGAGAUGCACAACCAUGAAGUUGUACAAUAACUCCUAUUAUACAAUAAAAUUGUACAUAAUAAUGAUCUUUCUUUUUACAGAGUUCCUUAAGAAAAUGUACUUUACAUCUCUCCCGAGAAGAAACCUAGCCACAAGGAGGGUUGAUCUUAUUGAAUUGACCAUUUGUUGGGUGGUAUUCUUUUCUUAUCAGAGGGAGAGACCCUACUGUUUCUCUGCUUAUGUUUUGCACAUUCAUUUUGGAAGGCAUGGAAUGAAAACAUUACUAGGUUUGUACA